AUGGGUGCUCAGGGCUGGAGACAGCUAAAAGCCCAACAGCAAAAAGGUCCGGCUUCCCAGGAGCUCUUGGCCUUGAAGACAGAGAAUGCCAAUGCCUCCCUGCUUCCUGAGGAUGGGAAGAAGAAGGCAGCACUGCCAGAGGAGUGGACAGACAGUGCAAGAUUCCUCCAAGGCCAGGAGGAGGAGAAGGAGCAGCUGCAGGAUGCUGGCCGGGCAGGCAUUUCCCAGGACAYUGAGAUCCAGGYGGAAAAGGAGCUGAAGGAGCAGCUUGAAACCCUGAGGAGGGAGCACACAGAGACCCUGCAAGAGCUCCAGAGAGCACACGAGCAGGAGAAGCUGCUGCUGGUGGAGUCCCACCACAGGUCCGAGGCGGCCUUACAGGAGACAAUUCARGCACUGAAUUCCCAGCUGAAAUCCUUCCAUGAGAGGAUGAAGCGGGUGGAGGAGUCACUCUUGAGAACAGACUACAAGAAGCACAUCCAGGARCACGGGAGCCCCAGCCCCUUCUGGGAGCAGGAGCUGGAGAGCCUGCACUUCGUCAUCGAGAUGAAGAAUGAGCACAUCCACAGCUUGGACAAGAAGCUGCUGYACCUGGAGACCGUGGAGGAGAGGAACCUUCUGCUGGAGGAGAAAGUGAAAACUCUCCAGCAGGAGAACGAGGACCUGCAAGUUCGCACCCAGAACCACUUGGUCAUGGCGAGGCAGCUGUCCGAGGAGCUGCAGGCUGCCCGCGGGGCGCUGGAGAAGGAGGCGCAGCUGCGGGAUCAGGCUCACCGGGACAAGGAGGAGCUGCUGUACCGUGUGCUCAACGCCGGGGACAGCCCUCCGUUCGCCAUGGCUGCCGGCGAGGUGCCCCCCAUCGCCACGUAGCACCGACAGCACCCGGGGACUGCCGGGGCUGCCCUCCAGCCCUGCGAGCCCGGGGCUGCUGUCACACGU